GCUUCAAACGCGGGUACCGUAUGGUAAGCAAGACUGCUGUGCUGUGACAAUUGAGAGCACGAGACUGGAGAGUACCCAUGCUCAUUUCUGCUGGCACUCCGCAGUUCCGUAGGGCACCGUUUCGGAACACUUCUCAGGUGGCGGGCAAACCCCUUGAACCACUGCCAGACGGGGGCUCGCGACGAAGCGGGGGGAAGCCUCUCUGAUCCAGGAAGCACACGUAGACUGCGGCUACUCAAGGUAUCCGCAGCACCGGUGACCCAGCGAUGCCCUUCAACUAUCUGCACGAUGCUGCGUUAAAAGGCUCUGCCAAGCUCACAGAAGCCCUGCUUGCGACGGCGGCGUUGGACAUCAACGAACGCACAGAAGAUGGGUUCACCCCGCUUGACGUUGCAGCUCAAGAGGGUCACCACCGGGUCGCCAGGAUCCUAUUGGGGCACAACGCUAGCGUAACUGUGGCAUCGGAGAACGGGUGGACUCCCCUCAUGCUGUCCGCCCAGAACGGACACGUUGUCAUGACCAAGUUGCUAAUCGAUGCUGGUUCCGACGUGAACGCCGCUACUGCUGAAGGCAUCACGAGCCUUCACCAAGCCGCUGAUGAGGGGCAUUCGGAGAUAUUGUCGAUGCUCGUGAAGGCUGGUGCGAACCCCGAUACCCGCGCGCACACCGGAAGCACCCCGCUGUACGACGCGGCGUUCCAUGGCCACCUCGACAUCGUCAGGAAGCUCCUCCGCUUGGGUGUAAGGCCUGCCAUCCCUAUGUUCCAGCCGGAUGGGUCGACCCGUGUUGCUUUGGAUGUGGCGGCGCAAAAGGGACACUCAGAGGUAGUCCGUGAGCUGAUCCAGCACCGCGGGAUCAAGGCGUGUGCGGGGGCUACGGGCGGGGCAAUAGCUCUCAAUCUGGCCACGAAGAAUCAGCACGUCGACACCAUGAGGCUGUUGCUGGUCGCGGGAGUCGUGGACACGGGCAUGUCGUUGUUCACGGCCGCCACCCUUGGCCGCGAGCGAGCAGUCAAACUUCUCCUGCAGCAAAAGUGGGCCACUCGUGGAGAUAGAUAUAUCGACAGCCGUAAUGAAUGUCAUUGCACACCCCUCUUCGUUGCCGUCUCCGCCGCGGCGCCGAGGGUCGUGCGGCUGCUGCUUGAUGCCGGGGCAAACGAGAAGUUGACCAGACCCUUGUCGUAUUCGUUCAAUGGAAGGAUGAAGAACGAGACGCUCCUGGGGCUCGCGGACAACAACCUCCGUUAUGAGGUGCUCGACGGCAGACGCGCGACGAAAGUGGAAACGAAUCGUCUGGAGGAAGCCCGGCGCUUGCUGUUGCGAGUGGAAGCCGUUCGCGCGGUAUCCUGGCUCUGGGGCACUACCAGCCCUGCGUACGCCGCCCCACUGGGGACUGGUGGCAACAGAGACGCCAGCGGAGGGGCAUCGCGGCUGGGAGUCCAUAUCGCGAGGCGCGAAACCAGAGCGCACAGCAGUGGCGCUCUCUUGGCGACCCUGUUCAGGUACUCGGUCAAGACUUGAACCGGCCCGUUUCAAUGGAUUGUAGGAGCUGGUUUUCUCCCAGGGAUUAUCGAUCGUGGUGACGGGCGAACGUCCAAAUCUUCAACGCCCUGCAGUACCUGCAUGCAAGCUGGUGUCCAUGCACUGGAACGCGGGGUGUAGGUUGCACUUUUUGCCUCCGGCCACCGUGUGGAUGGACAGCUAGAGUCGGGAAGGAUGUACUUCGCUCAGACCGCGAGUUGUGUUUGGCAAGCUACAGCAACAGGCCAACCCCCGAUGUCUUGAUUUAAUUUCUUCCGGAGACCCCUGGUGGUGUAACAGCGGUGGCUGGACAACCGCUGCAGGCAAUACAAGGAAGCCGCGAUGGCAUACGUGGAGGGCUGGGUCAAUUCUCAGCUGUUGCUGCGACCAACUUCAUUGUAAGGGUCAGUGUGGGCAUUUAGCGUAUCCUUGUGUAGACCUCAGCUAGCCGCAUGUAGAUGGGGGGAACCGUUCGGGGCUAACCAACCAGCCAAUUUCGAUUCCCCAGAGACAAGAACAACAGGCACAAGAAUCUACGCCAUUUUUUAGCCGGGAUAGGAUCCCCAGUUUGCAGUUGGGAAAUGACCCGAACUGCUUUCGUUUUGGCCUGCGCAGUGAUAGAAAAACAUGUCUUUACACCGGUAUCAGUAGAGAAGUGGGAAACAUGAGAGACCCCGUUGAGAGUGAAUUAUCUAUGUUUUACGGCGACAACGGCCAACACGUGCCACGUGCGUUGGAUACGGGUAUGAACGACGAAUCCCUGUAAUCGAAAGUGUGAUAGAGGGCGGUAUGUUUGUUGACACAUGAGACAGAAGGCUCCACUCACAACAAUUAACGAAGAGUUAGCGUCUACGAAGAUUGCGAGGGGUCGAGACGUUGGCUGUUUUCAAGCCAGGACAGAGUGCCCACGAUACUCGAAAACGAGGUGCGACGAGAGAGAGAGAGCAAACGCGAUGGCUCUUGCGGCCAACGAUACCAUCACGAUUACAAAGUCGU